CACUUCCGAAGAGGGACAGCCAUGGCAACUGUGUCUUUCAUGCUGGCUGUGGGGCUUCUGCAGCUGACCAUUCUACAAGGUGCUGCCAACUCAACAGCAGGGUGUGGGCAACCAAUAACCUCUCCACGAAUUGUUGGUGGCCAACCAGCCUCAAAUGGGUCGUGGCCCUGGCAGGUCAGCAUUUUACGGGACUUUUAUCCUAUUUGUGGAGGCUCCCUCAUAGCCGAGCAGUGGGUGCUCUCAGCAGCUCACUGCUUCUUCAACAGAAUCGGGCCCACGUUCAAUUACAAUGUCCUCUUAGGUGCCUAUCAGCUCUCACAUCUCUCAGAUAAUGCAGUGAUAUCUGACCUGCAGCAGAUUAUCCUCCACCCUGACUACAAUGGCCUGGAUACCUCCAGUGGAGAUAUUGCUUUAAUUAAGCUGAAGUCCCCUGUAAAGUUCACCAACUACAUCCUCCCCAUCUGCCUGCCAGAGUCCUCUACACAGUUCCCUUUGAAUGAAUACUGCUGGGUGACCGGAUGGGGAGAUAUUCAAUUUGAAGUUCUGCAGUCAAGUAAUCUGUACAAAAAUGCUGGGGGUAAAAGCGCUUUCCAUUUCUCUCUCUCUCUCUUUCUUCCAGUGCCUUUGCCAGAACCACGAACCCUCCAGGAAGUCAAGGUGCCACUCAUAAUUCGAGAAGUCUGCAAUAUUCUCUUUAACAGUCGCCCAGUGCCAGGCCUGGGCAGGGAUCCUGUCAAGCAGGAUAUGAUCUGUGCUGGUUACCCAGAAGGUGGGAAAGAUUCCUGCCAGGGCGACUCUGGAGGACCUUUGGUUUGCCAGCUCGAAGGAGUUUGGACCCAGGCUGGGGUUGUAAGUUGGGGAGUUGGCUGUGCUGAAAGCCGCCACCUCGGCGUCUACACUUUAGUGCCUUCCUAUACCAACUGGAUCCAAGACAAGAUGAGUGGUAGAAAUGGGAGUGGCGGCAAAAGAGACCAACUACACAAUGCCUGUGUUGUGACAUUCACUUUGGUGUCUCUUCUGCUAGCCCUUCUGUGAAAAACCAAUAUAUUGGCUUUCCGUCCUACCUAUACUUGCCUGGAAUAUUUAGGCUGCUGGAGGACUCUGUUUAAAUCACCACAUGCAGUAGAUCCAGGGAAACCAGCCCUACUUCUCUGAUUAAUACAGGCAUUAGCCUUGCCACGUUUCAAUUCCUUUGUAACCAUUUGAUCAUAGCUUAAGCAUUUAUUAUUAAAUUUUGAUCCCACCUUCCAUCCAUGGAGAUGAAGAUGACAUACAUGGCUCUCCUUCUCCC